UUCCGGGCCCUGGGACUCGCGGGGUGUUUGCCUCGGGGUGGAUUGAUGGCGCCGGAAAUGGUCCUGUCAAUCGGGCCAUUUCGAUCGCUAUGUUUCGGGUUGGGAAUGGUAUUUACGCGGUUGUGCUUCUACCGUGGUUAUUUCGGUUGUUCGGUGCUCUGGUCACUGCGCAGAACUCGAUUCCUAAUUGUGGUUUGAGAUCAAUUGGCACCGUGAAGGCGCAUUCUUCGAGGGGGAUUAGCAUCACAGUGCCAGUUUAACAGAGCUCUGCUCUGGUCGCUGCAAACUUCCUUUUGCAAUUCUUCUGUUAGCGGCGAAUUAAGUUUGUUGGAAAGUUCCGGAUUCAGUAUUUGUGGAUGUGCCUAUUGCGCCUUGGCAUGUGUCUGGCGAUUGUGUGCUAAUGAGAGCAUAUGAUACAUCAAAGCCACCCUAUGUGGCAAGAGUCGAGGCAAUUGAGGCAGCAGGAUCUCGUGGCACAAAUGUGAGAGUACGGGUGCGAUGGUAUUAUAGGCCUGAGGAGUCCAUCGGUGGGAGGCGGCCUUUUCACGGUUCCAAGGAGGUCUUCCUUUCUGAUCACUAUGAUGUACAAAGCGCUGACACGAUUGAGGGGAAGUGCAAUGUCCACAGCUUCCGUACUUAUACAAAGCUUGAUUCUGUCAACGCUGAGGAUUUCUUUUGCCGCUUUGAGUAUAAAUCAGCUACAGGCAGCUUCGUGCCCGACCGGAUUGCUGUGUUUUGCAAGUGUGAGAUGCCAUACAACCCUGAUGAUCUUAUGAUCCAAUGCGAGGAAUGUUCUGAUUGGUUUCACCCUGCUUGCAUUGGGAUGACUAUCAAAGAAGCAAAGAAACUUGAACAUUUUUUCUGCCAGACUUGUACGGCCGAAAACGGGAAGAUGGCAGAGAAUUCCCAUGAAGCUACAGCGCAGUCAGAAGAAAAGCCAGUGGAGUCAAAAAGACGGAGAAGGUGAUGGCCCUGCUGUCUAUGAAAAUUCUGCGCGGUUGUACAAAAGCCAUCUGAGGUCUGUAAUGCUAUUUGUUGUCGCAGUUUGUGGCUCCGGGGUCCCCCAAAUGUCAGGCACACGCUGUACAUAGUAGCUUGCAACCUGAUCAGAUUGUUGUAUUAGAGAGCAUACUAGGAUUUGCAUAGCGUCGGACUAUCAGAGUAUGUGUAGGGUAUGUAUGGCAGUUAUACAAUGCCAGCAUCAGGUGAUCAAACUUCUCUGGGCAUUUUAGGACUCCUGCAUCAUCCAGCAAUAAUACUGCCACACAGCUGGGCCUGGCCAGUCAUCGUGUUCGUUCUUGGGAAAACUUCGUACCGUCAUGUGAACUCUGAAAUUCUCCAUGUAAUGCAAAGCAUCUCGGUGUGGUACCUGCAAAAUUGUUGCUUGGAA